CCCGCCUGCAGGUCGGAGUGCUUCGCUGCGCUGCGUCCGGGCUACCGCAUGCGGCGGAAUCCGCUUCAGCUUCAGCUUUUCUCCUUCUCUCACCCCCCCUUCCCUGCACCCCCAUCAUCCAGCCGACAAACCUUCAGGGAGCUUUUAGCAUUUGUUCGGUCUGAGGUCUCUGGAAAACAUCUGAUUCGCUUUUUUUCUAACCAGUCCCAGAUGCGCCGUUCAGCGUGAGAGUGAACGCGUCUGAGCGCGUCAGUGUGAGUUUUGUCAGCGCAUGAGAAUUAGGAGAGAAGAUCUGCAGGGGAGGGCAAGAGAAGAAGAGAAAGGAAGAAGAAGAAGAAGAAGAAGAAGAAGCGUCUGGACUUGUUUCUCCCCUCUGACUGUAACCUUUUCGGUAUGAACGCAGAUACGUGCGUCUCAUACUGCGACAUGACAUCCAUGGACUCUUAUUACAGCGCGUCUCCUGCGCAGAGCAGAGACCACCAGGCGAAUCCUUUCAGGACUUUCCAGACCACCGAAACCAAAUACAGCCCCACGUUCAUUCCGGGUAAAGGCUCCCGGAGUCCCUUCCAGACAGAGUGCCAGUCACUGGACGGAGCCGAGGAGAGCAACUUUAACAAAUACCAGCUCUUCAUGCAGCGGCCGAGCUGCAAGACUCCACCCGAAGGCGGCAAACUGCACCCGGACAGCGGACACAACGGGACGCUCAUCCCCUGCUACGGAAAAGACAACAGUGGCCUGACAGAGUCUGAGCUUCCGCCAAGUGUGGAUCCUCCUGGGAUGGAGGGCAGCUACCUGAACCUGAAGGAGUCCGUUGUGAAGGGGCCAAGCGAGCGAUCGGGGUCCGACCUUUCCAGCCCGCUGGAGAAAAGCGAGGCGGAGAGCAACAAAGGCAAGAAGAGACGCAACCGCACGACCUUCACCAGCUACCAGCUGGAAGAGCUGGAGAAAGUUUUCCAGAAGACGCACUACCCAGACGUUUACGCUCGCGAGCAACUGGCGCUGAGGACGGACCUGACAGAGGCUCGGGUUCAGGUGUGGUUUCAGAAUCGCAGAGCCAAGUGGAGGAAGAGAGAACGUUUUGGCCAGAUGCAACAAGUGCGCACACACUUUUCCACUGCUUACGAACUUCCACUUCUCACGCGACCGGAAAACUAUGCACAGAUCCAGAACCCUUCGUGGAUCGGGAGCAGCAGCGCGGCCUCCCCGGUGCCAGGCUGCGUGGUGCCGUGCGACUCCGUCCCGUCCUGCAUGCCGCCUCACCCUCACGCUCCCGGAGGCGUCUCCGACUUCCUGGGCAUGCCCAGUCCAGGCAGCAGCCACAUGGGACAGACACACAUGGGCGGCCUGUUCGGGGGCGCCGGGAUCAGCGGGGGGAUCAACGGCUACGACCUCAACGUUGAUCCCGAUCGCAAGUCGUCCAGCAUUGCUGCGCUGCGGAUGAAGGCCAAGGAACACAGCGCGGCCAUCUCCUGGGCGACAUGAUGGGGCCCGGCCCGGUCCGGCCCGGUCCCCGCGAUGGGCUCGUCUCCGGAGCCGCCGUCAGAGAGCACUGAGAAGGACGAGAGAGGGGUUUUCCUGAAGCACUAAUGAUAACACAAGUCAGAUGAAGAGGGGGAGACGGAGGAGAUAAGAGGGGCCACAACAGCAAGCCAGAUAACUGUGACGAGGAAUAUUCUGCAUUUAGACAGAAAUGCAGCUGUGCGACUUUAGAGAAAGAAAAAAACCCAGCAAUUAUUCACAUUCUUGAUAAAGAUGCAUAAAGUGCCUUAAAAAUAAUAACAUUUCUCACUGUAGUGUCUUAAUCUCACACUGAAGACCCAAUAAUGUUAAGAAACAAGCUUUAACCAAAAUCAUCAAUUCCUUUUACAGCAUUGCGUAAAAUCAACUUUUUCGAGCGUUGCAUCAUGUUCUGAUGUUCAUCAGAAACAUACCUGCAGGUGUACAAAGGCCUGGGUGGACUAAGCUCCGCCCACGAGAACAAAGCUCCUCCUAUGAGCUGCAGUUCCAGAUCUUCCGCCUCACAGAGCAGCCCUCCCCAACUCAGCUCCUUCAGACUAGCCAGCAGCAACUAGCAAACACCUGGUUGGAACUGCAUUUCUGCUGCACUCAGUGAAACGCAGAUAAAAACGUUGUUAAAGGGUUAAUAGAGGAGCCGUGUUGUGAUCACUUCCUGAACGGCGGAGUUUCAGAAAGAGCAGGAGCUUUUUAAAGAGACAGAAGCCCAAUUUCACAUUCUGUAUUUUUAUAACAACUCAAAGAAACAUAGUUCAUUGAUUGUGCUUUAUAAUUGCCUGGAAAAUACACAACAUGUAAUUGAACUAGCAGAGGUGAUGAAAUCCCUGCAGCUGGAUUUGGUGUAAAACAAAGAAUGAAAAAAGUGUUUCAUGCCUGAUAUUAGGAUCUGUGAUGCUGUGUCUUUGUGUCACAGACUCUUUGAAAUCUGAUAUAGUUCACCAGAAAACUCCAACUGAUUGGACCUUUUAACAAGAUAACGAUCCAUAACUAGAGGUCAGUUCACAUUGAACUGGUUCACCAGACAGAAUCAACCACCUAAUAUGAACUAAAUCAUAAAAGAAAACUUUAGAAAAUCUUAAGCUCCAACCUUGUGAAUGUAAAUAGAAGGAUAAAUAUGUUUUUUCUAACGUGGAUUAAUGUCUUUAAGUUAAAGGCCGGGUUUUUCAGUGUGAGAUUUGCUACUGCAGUGAAAAUUAAUUCAUUUUAAGACUUAAGUACAUCUUUACAGGAGCACAUAAUUCCUUGAUCUCUCAGUUUUGCUCCCUUCAAACCAUAAUAAAACAUCAGAUCACACUACACAGCCAUUUAAGAUUCAUGUAGCUUUUUUCCUUCAUUAUAUUUUCACUGCAGCCGUCCUGCUGCACUCAUAACGGAUGCCUCUUCAGUCUCUCCUCUGACUGCAUAAGCCUGUUUAAGUGUGUUUCUAAACAAAGCUGUCAUUUUGUAAGCUGUCUGAGAACAAGUCCGCUCCCUGUGAGCAUUCCCAGACGCACGCGCUGCGUGGAUAGUUUACAUCCUGUCACUUUCCAUUGCAAACUGCAAUUAUGACAGAAAACAAUCAUUUCGCCCAAGCCUGUUGCUGGGAGUUCAUCUCCCUGCAGAGAAGGGCAAAGGUUUAGCGCAGCAAGGUGAGGGUAAUCAAACUGGAAACAGAAACGGUGCGUCAAUCGAGUCUGGCUUUGUAAGCCGGCGGUAAUUUCAGACCAAGCUGUCAUUUCCCCUCCCAGAGUCGCCUCCACGGGGCUCAGGCCUCCAGUUUCAGGAAACAGAGCGCCUGCUGGCAGACACGCUGCAGCCACCGUCAACACCAGCCUGCCGCGCCGGCUUCAGUCAGCAACCGGCAGGAAGAGACAAACUUAAUUAGCAUCAGCCGGCGUUGUCUUACAACUAGGCCUGUCACGAUAACAAAUUCUGCUGAGCGAUUCAAAAACUAUUGCGAUAAUAAUAUUGCUAUUUUAAACUGAUGUAAUGGUAAUGCAAGAGAUGUCCUGCCAAAAAUAAAUACAAUUUAUUUUCAAAAGAGCAUUUAACACUGGAAAAACCAAAUUGGAAAUAAAAACUACAUUCAUAUGUAUGGUAUAUUAAGAUUCAUUAGAUUUAGAUAGAAAAGACGAGCAUUUACCUUACGACAAUCUCAGAACGACCAACGUUUUGAAGAUUGGACUUGCUGUAAUGGCGACCGACCGUCCUGCAGCUUGUUCCGACUGAUCGGGUCCAGUCGGUAGAACCUCUCGGCCGCUCCGAUCUAAAUAUUCAACACGUUGGAUUUGUCUUGGCCAGACUUGGCCCAACGCGCUGCAGUUGGGAGCGUCGGCCUCCGAACAGCUGACCCGGCGCGACCCAAAGUCCAGCAGAGACGAUACGCGGAAACAACAUGAAUGUUUAUUCAACAUUUCGUUCAAAGAGUACAGAAACUUUUCAGCAGUUCAUCGUUAACGUGACAUAAAUAGGUUAUAAUGAUUUAUUAAUUGAUUUAUUGUUAAUCGCGUCAGGCCUAGUGACAGGCUGCAGGCUGCAGACGUUCUGCAUGUUGGCUCUUCAGAGCCUGCUGCCUUGACGCUCCCCAACGGUUUUCUGUAACGCUGCGAUACCCGGAUCGAUGGCGUGGACCGGUCUGUGUUGCGAUGCCAGCAGCGGGAUGAACCCGGAGGCAGGAUCAGCGUUUUAAAUGAUCUCUCUUUAUGACAUGAGCUGAGCCACAUUCACUCUGCGCUGCAAAAACAAGACAUCUGACAAAGUAUCUUUUUGACUCCUUUAUGGUGCGAACAUCUCACCACGCUUGAGAUGAGACAAAACUAACUUACAAAUAACUUUCCAACACGACACAGGAGAAGAAAUAGUUCAAUGUUUGGGUUUCUGUUUCUAGAAAAUCAGCCAAAGAGCUUAAAAAAAAGACAUACAGCUGGUUUUAGGCAAAAAGUUUAUACUUUUUGGUGUCUGGAAAACGGCCCAUGUCAAAAUCCUCGGGGGGGGGGGGGAGGGGGGUCGUCAAAGGU